CCCAGGAGACCUCGCCCCCUCAGCUCUCCAGCCAAUCAGCAGCACUCGUGUGUGCGGCCACGCUUUCGGCUUUUCUCCCCAACAGGUGACCGCGGCCAGAUAGGCCACGGGCCAGAUGUGGGGUGGGAGGGCCCAGGUGUUGUUUCGGCUAUGGGGGUUGCGGCCCGCAGGGGUCCCCGGAAGGAGAGUGUUAAGCUGCCAUGCUGCGUCGGAAGAGGGAAGCGGUUCGGCGAGGUGUUGGAACUGCGGCAGCCCCGGGCGGGGGGACGGGUUCUUCUGCCACCAGUGCCGAGCGCUGCAGCCGCCGGACCCGACUCGAGACUACUUCAGCCUCAUGGAUUGCAACCGUUCCUUCAGAGUUAACACUACAAAACUCCAGCACAGGUUUCAGCAACUACAGCGUCUUGUCCACCCAGAUUUCUUCAACCAGAGAUCUCAGACUGAAAAGGACUUCUCAGAGAAGCAUUCAACCCUGGUGAAUGAGGCCUAUAAGACCCUGCUGGCCCCCCUGAGCAGGGGACUAUACCUUCUAAAGCUUCAUGGGAUAGAGAUUCCUAAAGGGACAGAUUAUGAAAUGGAUAGUCAAUUCCUCAUGGAAAUAAUGGAAAUCAAUGAAAAACUUGCAGAAGCUCAAAGUGAAGCUGCCGUGAAAGAAAUUGAAUCCACUAUACAAGCUAAACAGAAAGAAUGUACUGACAACGUGAGCAGAGCUUUUGAACAAGAUGACUUUGAAGAAGCCAAGGAAAUUUUAACAAAGAUGAAAUACUUUUCAAAUAUAGAAGAAAAGAUCAAGUUAAAGAAGAUUCCCUAUAGUUAAUUACUUAUUUAAAGUUUUAAAAAUAAAUUUCCUG